AUAUAAUUAAUUUAAUGAAAGUACGGAUGAAUGCAGAUCUCAGUAGUUUCUCAAUCCAAACUCAUAAACAAUUCUGAGCAUCAACAAUGUCUUGGCUGCUCAGCAAUAAUGGCCUGCUCCUACUUGCCAGCUUAUUUGUCUGUGUCUAUAUAUAUUUCUAUUCCUUCGUUAGAUUCGAAUUAGCAAAAACCGAGCCAACCAUAAACCCUGAACAGUCCAUAUCACAAGAAGAAAAUUCCCAAAUUCCAAGUCAAAACAAAUUUAACGUUUUUGAUCAUGUGUGCAAAAUACCAAGAGUCGAUCCAUUCUCCCCUGAUGUCAUGGCCAUUUUUGAGCCUCCCAAGCCCAAGACCUGUACGGAUCAGCCCGGCCUAUUCACUGUGCGAUAUAAUAAACAGCAAAAACUAUAUCUAUUGCGCUUUAAUAAAUCUCUAUUCGUCAAACUAUUUCCAAGUGUGACCCACUAUGCGUGCGUCUUUUACGAGAUCGUUAGUGGACCAAGUGAUAAGCCCAUCUGGAACAAGGGAUCACCAUUUACUUGUAGUAACCGGAUCGUGCCCCGUUCCAUUCAAGGAAUUGUCGUGGAGUGCUUUGAGUUAGGCAACAAGUCUCGAAUCCUGCAACGUGAUGCAUUCUCUUUUGUCCAGCAUCUAGUCGGACGGAACGAAGCGAACGAUGAGAAGCGCAGUCGGGCCUAUCCCAGUGUCAUAAUGUUGGGCAUUGACUCCAUGUCUCAGAUGAACUUUCAAAGAACGAUGCCAAUGACUGCAAAGUUUGUGAGGCAGACAGGGUGGAGUGACAUGCUUGGUUAUAAUGGACUAUUCAACAAUGGCUUUAAAAAUAUGUUUGACCUAUUAUCUGGCGGUUCUCCGCAACUGUGGGAGCAGCAUUGCGAUGUGAAGAGACUGGGUUGCUUGGAUACUAUUACCUUCCUGUGGAAUCAUUUUCACAACUCGGGAUAUUUGACUGCCUAUGCGGAAGAUUCUCUCUCCUUAGCCUUCACGCGCAAGCCCGUGGAUUACUAUCUCUAUCCCAUUCUGAAAGUGUUCAAGGAAAUUAUGGAAAGGGAAGGGCGUGGUCAGGGGGAAUCCGAUUACUGCCUGGGCCGGAGAGAGAGUUUCCACUAUGUUUUCGAGUCUUGCCUGCAGUUGGUACAGCGAUUCAUGAAUGAGACGCCCAAGCCGCUCUUCGGACUCUACUGGACAAAGACCUUCAGCCAUGAGGACUUUAGCGCAGCGGCACGCGUGGAUAGGAAUUUCGUGAGGUAUCUUGAGCUGUACAGGGAGCACGGCUUAUUCGAUAAGGCAGUUGUCAUCUUGUUCAGCCUCCAUGGACAGCGCAAGGGACCUUUGAUGCGGUUGGCCUCGGGCUUUCUGGAAGAGCGAUUACCCAUGUUGCACAUCUAUUUACCGCCUUGGUACCGAAAACAGUAUCCAGACGUCAGAAACGCGCUUGAGGUGAAUCGUCGUCGGCUGUGCUCCACAUAUGAUUUGCAUUUGACUAUUAAGAAUCUGCUGACACAGGUGCAUCCAAAUUUGGAGUUUGAAGUCGUGUGCAACAGCUGCAUGUCGCUGCUUUACAUUAUCCCAGAGAAUCGCAGUUGUGCAGGGGCAAACAUUCCGGAGUGGAUUUGCUCGUGUGAGCCAUGUAGACGAGUGCCAAAUACUGAAUUGAUGCGGACAUGGGCAAAACUAAUAGUAUUUCGCAUUAAUCAAUACUUGGCUAGAAAAAAGUUGAUAAGGUAUUGCUCUCACUUGAAAUUCGAACACUUGAUAACCGUAGAUCAUCAAGAACUCUAUAAUUCGGAGGGACAAAUUGUGAAACCGGCCGAUGGCAUUCAAAGGUAUCGCAUUAAAUUCAUUACCCAGCCCAAUGGCGUUUUCCUUGGCAACAUUUUCAUCAACAGUCAAAAUAAUAUUGCAGACGUGCCGUACCAUCGAAUAACACGUUUCAACACUCAUAGCAAGUGUGUGGAUGGGAGCAUAAACAAUAAUUUAUGUGUCUGUCGAUAGGCACAUGAAUAUAUUAGAUUCAAAUGAUAUUUUAUUAAAUACAAGAAUUGGUUUAAUUAA